AUGCAGAGCACAGACCUGGGCAACAAAGAGAGCGGCAAAAUAUGGCACCGCAAGCCAACUCCCGCAACUCGGAACGGAAUUAUAGUGAACAUCAUUCACAGCACUUCUGAGUAUCUUCCAAAAGCUUUGCGAUUUCUGAAUGUGGCUUUUGAUAGCUCGGGUGAUCGCUUAAUUGCUGGGGACCAUCAAGGAAAUAUCUAUGUUUUUGACUUGCAUACAAACAGGUUUAACCUUGUUCAGCGAACAGCACAAGCUUGCACGGCUCUGGCCUUCAAUCUUCGUAGGAGGUCUGAAUUCCUUGUGGCAUUAGCUGAUUAUUCUAUUAAAUGUUUUGAUACAGUUACCAAAGAGCUAGUUAGCUGGAUGAGAGGACAUGAGUCGUCAGUCUUUUCGAUCUCUGUGCACGCCUCAGGGAGAUAUGCCAUCACUACAUCUUCUGAUACUGCACAACUAUGGGACUUGGAUACCUUUCAGAGAAAAAGAAAGCUGAAUAUUCGCCAGUCUGUGGGUAUACAAAAGGUUUUCUUUCUACCCUUGAGCAAUACCAUCCUCAGCUGUUUUAAAGAUAACUCCAUCUUCGCCUGGGAAUGUGAUACUCUUUCCUGCAAGUACCAAUUACCAGCUCCACCGGAAAGCUCUAGUGUAUUAUACAGAGUGUUUGCUGUGACCAGAGAUGGGCGAAUCCUAGCUGCUGCAGGCAAAUCCAGUCAUCUUCAUCUGUGGUGCUUGGAGGCUAAACAGCUAUUUAGAGUUAUCCAAAUGCCUCCUAAAGUCCGAGCCAUCCGCCAGGUCGAGUUUCUUCCUGAUAGCUUUGAUGCUGGUUCUAAUCAGCCACCUCCUCCUUUAGUGAAAGUAAUUGAAGAUUUGCCUAAAAACAAACUCAACUCCAGUGAUCUUAAGAGGAAAGUAACAGCGGGAAGGGUACAGCGGCCAACAAAAUCAAGGGAAAGCAAAGUACAAACGAGAAUAUUAAAGCAAGACCUUACUGGUAAUUUUGAAAAUAAAGAGGUAAAAGGAGAUGGUUCCUGUCAGCACAUAAAGGGAGAAAGCCGUGUGUGUGUGCUGAUAGGAACUAUCUCCAAGAUAAGAUUAAUUAAACAAUGCAGGGUGCAGAACCAUGUUCAUCCUGCACCACUGUUGGCGACUUUUAAAGAGGAUUCCUGCUCUCGAGUGGCGAGCUGGAUGAUGGGAGUCGAAGGAACUCUAUCUGCAUUAGCUCACUGGUCUGCCAUCUUCAGUGACACACCGUAUCUUCCCCUCUUGGCAUUUCCAUUUGUAAAAUUAUUCCAGAACAAUCAACUCAUCUGCUUUGAGGUUGUUGCUACUCUCAUAAUCAAUUGGUGUCAACACUGGUUUGAAUAUUUUCCUAAUCCUCCUAUCAAUAUUCUUAGUAUGAUAGAAAAUGUUUUGGCAUUUCAUGACAAAGAGCUGCUGCAACACUUCAUGGAUCAUGACAUAACUUCCCAGCUAUAUGCAUGGCCUCUUCUUGAAACUGUGUUCUCAGAAGUACUCACAAGAGAGGAGUGGCUGAAACUGUUUGAUAAUGUGUUUUCCAACCACCCGUCGUUCCUCCUGCUAACCGUUGUUGCCUACAGCAUGUGUUCUAGAGCUGCUCUGCUCAACUGUAGUCUGAAAGAUGAUUUCGAGUAUUUUUUUCACCAUCGGAACAACCUGGAUAUAAAUGUUGUCAUUCGAGAAGUUUACCACCUUGUGGAGGCCACACCUCCUGAUAUUCACCCAGAGAGCAUGCUUGACGUUUUUGUCGCACUGACAAAAGGACAGUAUCCAGUGUUUAAUCAAUAUCCAAAGUUCAUUGUGGAUUACCAGACACAGGAACGAGAGAGAAUAAGGAAUGAUGAACUGGAUUACCUACGAGAGAGGCAGACAGUUGAAGAUAUGCAAGCUGAAGUAGACCAGCAAAGAGCUGCCGAUGAAGCUUGGUACCAGAAACAAGAACUGCUUCGUAGAGCCGAAGAGACGAGAAGAGAAAUUCUCUUUCGAGAAGAAGAGAGGAUGCUGGAACAAAGGCAGAGACUAGCUGCUGUGAAGAGAGAGCUGAAAAGAAAGGAAAUACACUUACAGGAUGCUGUGAGGAGACGCUUUCUGCAGCAGCAGCAAAACCAGCGUGAGAUGGAACUAAGAAGACUAGAUGAUGAAAUUGAAAGAAAGGUACACAUGAGAGAUCAGGAAGUUGCCAUGACAGCCAGAGACCUGGAGAUGAGAAACCAGGAGCUUGAAUCCCAGAGGAGGCUUUACGAGAAGAAACUUACUAGAAAUCAAGAAGCUGUUGCAAAAGAAAUGAGAGAAGACACCGACGCCCACAGACGAAGAGUGGCUCUUGAGGAGGGCGUGUUUCAUCAACUCUUAGACACGGAUCAGGCUCAGAGCCUGCAAACACAGAAGUUAAUUGAAGAAAGCCUGGCAGAUGCCGAGCAAGCGUGCAGCGAUGCUGACUGGCGAAUUGAGGCUUUACACAAGCGGAGAUGCGAUGAUCGGCAGCGAAACGGGUGCUACCGGGAAGUAGCCAGACUCCUUCGGAGUAACAGAAGGAAGGAGGCAGAGCUGUUGAAUGCAAUGAGGGAGGCGGAAGUGGAAAAGUGGGAAGAAGCUGAAGAGAAGGAGUUGCGUCUGAGAUCAGAGAAGAGAGAGGCUGCUCUUGCAGAUGCAUCUAGAAGGUGGUUUCUGGAGCAGGAGCUGAGUGAUGCUUUAGAGCACACGGGGGACCCAUGUCGAGAAGUUUCUUUCAAUCGAGGAAAGCAUGACUGGGAUGCAACAGGACAAGACCUUUUGGAGAAAGUGAGGCAUCUUCGCCAGAGGCUCACUGCCCAGGCUCGGAGCAGGUGUCAGACCCCUCAUCUCCUGGCCAUGUAG